AUGAUCAUCAACAUUACAAUCGCGCUAGUUGGCAUCCUUGCCAGCUUUGCUUACUUCCUGCUGAUCUCCGGCAGUCGAGACAAGCGAUUUCCAACAGGUCCGCCAACACUACCCAUCAUCGGAAACCUCCAUCAGCUUCCUCGACGUCGAGCCCAUCUAAAAUACACUGAAUUGGCCAAGCAAUAUGGAGGCCUCUACACUGUCAAGGCCGGUCAUCACACCAUAGCCGUUAUCACGGAUCGCCGCAUUGUGCGCGAGUUGAUCGAAGAAAGGGGCUCUACGGCUAGUAAUCGACCCUCAUCAUACAUAAUCCAGCAUCUCAUUGGCAAGAAUGACCAUCUACUCACCCUGCAAUACGGCCAAAACUGGCGUGUUAUUCGAAAGUUGAUCCAUCAGCACUUUACGGACUCGAUGUGCGACAAAGCACACGUUCAUCUUCAACAUGCCGAGGGGGUGCAGAUGCUGAGAGAUUUUAUUGUUGAUCCAGAUAAUCAUAUGCAGCAUCCUCGACGCUAUUCGUGUAGUAUCAUGACCAGUACCAUCUACGGUGUCCGCAUACCCUCCAUAAAGUCAACUUAUAUGGAGCACUUAUAUGAAAUGCUUGAUACAUUUACUGCCCUUCUGGAACUUGGAGCCACCCCACCAGUCGAUUUUUAUCCAUUCUUGAAAUGGAUUCCUGAACGUUUUCUCGGAAACUGGCGCACUAGAUCCUACCACGUCAAAGGAAUCAUGGAAUCCCUGCACCAAGGCAUGUACAAACAUGUUCUUGCCCGACGGGCCUCAGUCCACGAAAAGGAGAAAGCCACCCGCAUCAAAUCUCCAUCUCUCAUGGACAAAAUAUUCGACGUCCGGGAGGACCUCAACUUCUCAACCCACAAGCUAUCCUUCAUCGGUGGCGGUCUCGUAGAAGGCGGCUCCGAAACACCCGCCUGCAUGAUCCUAACCUUUAUUGGCGCAAUGACCAAAUGGCCCUCAAUUCAGAAAAGAGCACAAGCAGAAAUUGACUCCAUUAUCGGCGAAGAUCGUUCACCGACCUGGGCUGAUUAUGCGCGUCUUCCAUAUGUCGCGGCUAUUGUCAAGGAGUGUUCUAGAUGGAGACCCGUGGCGCCGUUGGGGAUGCCUCAUUCUCUUGAUGCAGACGAAUGGAUUGACGGCCACCUCCUCCCGCGCGGCGCAACUCUAAUAAUAAAUAUCUGGGGCCUCAACCACGACGAAACUUAUUACCCCAAUCCUGAAUCGUUCAACCCAGACCGCUUCUACAUCCCCGGCACAGCCGUCCCCCUUGCACACGAAUACAUGAACAAAGCAGACUACAACACGCGCGACCAUUACAGCUACGGCGCCGGUCGCCGCUUCUGUACCGGCAUCCACCUCGCGGAACGCGACAUGUUUAUCGCCAUGGCAAUGUUGCUCUGGGCCUUCAACUUUGAGAAGCCUUUCGACCCCACGACGGGUUUGCCGAUGGAGCCAGAUCUGAGUCCCGAUACGGGGUUUGUGGAGGGUUUGGUGGCGUGCCCGGCGCCGUUUCCGUGUAAGGUCUCACUGCGCUCUGGGAGGAGGUAUGAGACGAUCAUGCGGGAAUUUGAGGAAGCGAAGAUUCAUGUUUUUGCCAAGUACGAUGAGAAGGUUGAGCUGUAG